CGGGUCUUCAUUUCUUCGUGCAUAUGCCAUGCCAGUGAAGGUCAAUCAACAGAACCAAAGAAAACCACUCGUUCUUUAUAACCGCACGACAGUUUACCUCGCCUCCCAGUAACCUUUUCAUCAUGUGGAAGUUACAGUGUACAUUGCUGCUGUUAGCUUUAAUCGCACUGUCACAUGCAGCUACCACCAAAAACAAACCCUCCAGAAGACCAGUAGAGGAUGAUGCUCAAUUAUCAGACGAGUGUCCAGAGCUUGAUGGAUUUUUUGCUGAUGCAGAACAAUGUGAUAAGUAUUAUCAAUGUGUAAAUGGUGUCAUUACUGAAAAGCUCUGUCCCGAUGGAAUGGUGUUUAAUGACUACAGUACCGAGUACGAAAAGUGUGAUUUACCAUUCAAUAUUGAUUGCAGCAGUAGGCCUAAAUUACAAACCCCACAACCGACUGAAAACUGCCCAAGGAAACACGGUUACUUUGCUCAUGAACAACGAAACAUUUGUGAUAAGUUCUACUACUGCGUUGAUGGUAAAUUCAACAUGAUUGUCUGUCCAAAUGGUCUUGUCUACAAUGAGAAUGCUGGUAUAUGCUCAUGGCCGGAUGAGGCAAAGAGGAAGGGUUGCACUUCGGAAGAGGUUUUCCAAUUUGAAUGUCCCAAGGUAAACGAAUCUCAAGCGGCGACCCACCCGCGUUAUGCUGACCCUGAAGAUUGUCAAUUCUUCUACGUUUGUAUCAAUGGCGACACUCCCAGAAGGAAUGGCUGCAAACUUGGUCAAGUCUUCGAUGACGUUGGCAAGAAAUGUGACUGGGCAAGAAAUGUACCCGAAUGUGCUGAUUGGUACAAGGGUCGUCUGACUGAACAACAGUUGAAAGAUUUAGAAAACCCUCCGACUCCCAAACCUAAAGCAACCAAAGUAUCUAAGAGAAGGCAGAGGCCACGUCCCCAACCAGCUGAAGAAGAACUAGAAAAAUAGACUUAUAAAGAAUUUUGUAAUGUAAAUUAUCUGUUAAAAAAAUACAUUUUAAUAGUUUUUUA